GUGGCAUAUCUGCACAGCUUGCUGGUGCUGUGGUUCAGCGUUCGGGUACGGGAAGACGUAUUGCUUCCAUUGGCGUUCUAUCCUGACUGGCGAACACAAUGGUAGCAGAGAGGAGGCGAAGAACCGACUCAGCAUGCGUACUUUUCAUGUUCAACAGCAACAUAAGGGCAUCCCCUGCGUUCCUCGCACCGAAACCAACCAUCAUCGCUCCUCCCUGGAGGGUAAGAGAACUGGGCCCUCAAGCAGGGCACGGAGAGUUCAUCGGUCGUGGAGUGGCACGGAAUUGGCACAGUGCGCAUCAGAGGUCAACACAAAGGACCUCCAUGAUCCAGGAUCUCUUCGAUACGAAGGCCAGGAGUCAGCUUGUGUCCAGGACAUACGCCUCGGAUCCGUCAUUGUUUCGAGACAUUGACACGCUGGAUAAAUGCUCGAGCUGGACUGAUCCAGUUAUUUUCAGCGAUCAGAUGGCACUUAGUCCCACUACGCGCGGGGCUCUCUUUUCCACCGCCAUUCGAUCGUUGCUCGUGGUGGCGGCCUUCAUGUCUUUCCCGACACUGGUCGAAGAGAUCGCGCCGCUAAUAUUUUUGAAGGACGGUGCCCUGUCGGAUGAAGUGCGCUUGGGGCUGACGGGAUCGUUUUUGCCGGGCGUGUCGCUGCUGUUCGGUGCGCUCUUCUCCUACACAAUCUCCUUGCUGGUUAACCGGCAGAUCAAGAUCGAGGAGAUCGUGAACGCGGAGGUAUCGGCCCUGUUGUCGAUAGUGCUGCACAUGGAAGAUUACUUCAGGUAUAGCCCGGUAGCUCUGGAGGCGGCUAUGGAGGCGGCAUGGAGACACACGGACACUCUCAUAUUCCAGAGCCGUUACCAGGAGAUUUUGCUUCUUGUCCAAGACGACCCGCUAGAAGACCUCAUGAGGCUGAUCAUCGCCGUGGAUGACGAAGUACUGGCUUCGGAUGCCCACCGCAAUAAGUCCGGGGUACAUCGAGACAGCUUGGGGUACCUGAGGGGAGUGUCUUCGGACCUACUCAAGCUUAGAACGACGCGGCUGUCGAGCGAGGGGAGGGUUCUUCCCCCCGUGCACUUCGGGAUUCUCGUCAUUCUCGCCAGCAUGCUCUUGUUCGGCUUCACGCUGGCGUCGGCUCAACCGCCGACAGUGGACGGGCCUGUUGCAGCGGCCUUCGAGAGCAGAGUGCUCUUCACCCUGCUGGUCUUCAACUUCUCGCUGCUGUUGGAAUUCGCUUUGGACUUGACGAACCCGUUCGUGGGGCGUUACAAGGUUCGGCGGACAACAACGACCGCCAUAAUGGUCAAGAUCAGGAGCGAGAUCGUUGCGGUGAUGGGCCGGAAGCACAUGAAGACCUUCGAUGUGAUGUUCAACAUCCAAAAGAGACGUACCCUGAGAGACUUCAAGCGCGAGACCGGAAUGACUCUUCCAUCGGACAACCAGAUACAGCCUCUACCGUAGCUCCGACGACACGUAGCUCACGGCCGACCACAACAACAGCGGACUGGGGCGAGGGCAAAGCAGCGGGUACGAGAGCGCUGGGUCUGCCUGUCACCGGACAGGACGCAUUGUGUCGAGAGACCCGUCAUUUGCGUAGGACUGCUGUUGGUGGGGUCGUUCGAAACGGGAUUGACGGGUCGUGCUUGCUUCGUUGACGCCGCCAUUUUUGGUGUUUCGGGUGUGUGGUGGUGCUGUUGAUGGCGUUUUUUUUGUGUUUGGCGGUCGUUGUCUCGUGUCCCCCGGGUAGAUGGCGCUGCUUGAAGUCUGGUUCAAAAAUAGGGGUGUGCAGUUCUAGGUGCAGGCAAGCUGCACCUUCUUUCUGUAACCGACUGGUACUAUUCUGUAGAUUGUUGUUGAAUGUUAUUUUAUACCACGUUACUGGUUAAGUGAUUUAUCCCCCGGUAUUUCCGGCACUUGAGAGAGUGCCACGCACACGUUCCUCCUUCUUUUCUCGUGAUCGAGGUUGAAUCAAGCGCUCUGCCUUUAGGCCUGGUGUGUGCGUGCGGUAGAUAUAGACGGUUGGCUGCACAUGGAGCUAGCUGACAGCUGCUACUACGAAGAGAACGUGCGCGGAUUGUCCCGGAAGGGCUGCCACGUUGCUUGGUUAGGUGGGGCGAGGAUGCAACGACACUUCACACGCAUGCAUGUCCAAGACAGCGCGAGUAGAUUAUUCCACUAACGAUGCCGUCGUGUUUCAGCAUCGCAGGCAGCAUGUCUGGUGCUGUACCAUUUUGGGCUAAGAAUUCAAGAUAUUCGCGGAGAAAGCACCGACACGCUGUAGGAUCCGCGUUUAGCGAUGCCUUGGUGCCAUCAUGUACUUUUGAUUUUUGAUUUGAAGUUUGAAGAAAGUAUCUAGAGGAGCAAAUAGGAGUACAGAAAAAGGGUGACGGGAGGAGCAGAGCACACGUUGCGUGCUCUCGUUUUGCAACAAUGUGGUGACGGAAAAUCUUGUACCGUGGUUGCAUGCACCAUAUUCGUCACUUGUCAAUCGGGACUGAGUUUUUAUGUAGCCGUCCAGGUGUGGAGCUCUGCGUCUUACGGUAGGUACCUCAAGUCUAGGAGUGCAAAAUGAGAUUUUUGCCGCGCAGGGGACGUGAGUGCAAUCGGUGACUUGUGUUGUAACAUGUUCUCGAAGACGACGAUGACGUGUCUUCUGCGGUUUGCGUGUAGGUGUGCUGGUGAUGCCCGUUGUGUUGGCAAGAACGAGAGGUUUUCGCUUGUUGUGAUUGAGGCCCACGCCUUGUUUGCUGUUGCGGGGCAAAAGAUUGUAUUGAAGUCAAAGAUUUUCGUCGGCGUUGCAAGACCCGACCUCCACGGAGGAAGUCUCAAGUUUUGAAUCAGGAAUGUAUCGUUCGUUAUUGAAAUUGAAAAUAUAUGUUUGUUGCACCUGGUCUUUCCCCUUGCCAGGAAUCUUGCCCAUUCCUCGCUUCAUUUGUAGUGCUUGGUAGAGGCGGAUGCUGCG